UCCACGCACUCCAUCAUGAUUACCAGAAGAGACGCUUCCGCUCCCAGGUGGACGGCCGCGUUCUUGGGUUGGGCGACGUUGAGCUGUCUGCUCGUUCCCGCCGUUUCCGUCAAACACGACAACUUCAAGACUUGUGAUCAAUCCGGCUUCUGCAAGCGCAAUCGUCAAUUCGCAGAUAAUGCCACCGCAUCCAGCUCCUGGGUUUCGCCAUAUGCCCUCGACGCCACCUCCAUCACCUUCAAAGAUGGCCAGCUAGGCGCCACCGUACUAAAAUCUCUCCAAGACGGCGAGGAAAAGGCCAGGCUGCCCCUCACCGUCACCUUUCUCGAAUCAGGCAUCGCAAGAGUCACCCUCGACGAGGAGAAGAGACAAAAAGGCGACAUUCAAUUGAGACACGACAGCAAGGCGAGAAAGGAGCGAUACAACGAGGCUGGCGACUGGGCUUUAGUUGGAGGUCUGGAGGUGUCCGAGGGCGCUGCCCUCAGCGAACAGGCAGAGCAGGGCUACACGAAGGUCUUCUAUGGCGAAGGUGGGAAACAUCAGGCUCUGAUUCGUCACCAGCCUUUCGGAAUCGAGUUCCAACGCGACGGGGAAACGCAAGUCAAGUUCAACGAACGCGGCCUCCUGAACCUCGAGCAUUGGCGGCCAAAGGUUGAGAAGCCAGCAGAGGAGAAGAAGGAGGGCGAGGAAGAGAAGAAAGACGAACAUCCAAAGGGCGAAGAUGAAAGCACCUGGUGGGAGGAGACCUUUGGUGGGAACACCGACUCCAAACCUAGGGGACCCGAAGCCAUUGCUUUGGACAUUUCUUUUCCCGGAUAUGAGCAUGUCUUUGGUAUCCCCGAGCAUGCGACUGGACUGUCUUUGAAGACCACCAGGGGUGGAGAAGGCAACUACAACGAUCCGUACCGACUAUACAAUGCUGAUGUCUUCGAGUACGAAAUGGACAGCCCCAUGACUCUCUACGGAGCUAUCCCCCUCAUGCAAGCACAUCGUAAAGGCUCGACUGUUGGUGUCUUCUGGCUGAACGCAGCCGAAACCUGGAUCGAUGUCACCAAGGACAAGUCCACGGCAAACCCUCUUUCCCUCGGUACCAAAGGCCACACUGAUACCCACACCCACUGGAUUUCUGAGAGCGGUCUCUUGGAUGUCUUUGUGUUCUUGGGCCCUACACCACAAGAUUUAACCCGCCAGUACGGCGAGUUGACUGGUUUCACUGCUAUGCCCCAGUCUUUCGCCAUUGCCUACCACCAGUGUCGCUGGAACUACGUCUCCGAUGAAGAUGUUAAGGAUGUCGAUCGGAAGUUCGACAAGCACAAGAUCCCGUAUGACGUGAUCUGGCUCGAUAUUGAGUAUACCGACGAAAAGAAGUAUUUCACAUGGGAUCCCCUUACAUUCGUAAAGCCAGAUACUAUGCACGAACAUCUCGACAAGCGCGAUAGGAAGCUGGUGGCCAUCAUUGACCCGCAUAUCAAGAACACCGACAACUACCACGUGAUCGACGAGAUGAAGAAGAAAGACCUUGCCGUCAAGAACAAGGAAGGAAACCAAUACGAAGGCUGGUGUUGGCCUGGAUCCUCCAUGUGGAUUGACUGCUUCAACCCAGCAGCCAUCACUUGGUGGAAAGGUCUUUUCAAGUACGACGCUUUCAAGGGCACUGCACCAAAUACAUUCAUCUGGAAUGACAUGAACGAGCCGUCCGUUUUCAACGGUCCCGAAACCACCAUGCCUAAAGACAACCUACAUUUCGGCAACUGGGAACAUCGUGACGUGCACAAUGUCAACGGAAUGACUUUCCACAACGCCACUUACCAGGCACUCCUCGAGCGUAAAAAGGGCGAGAUUCGUCGUCCUUUCGCGCUCACUCGUUCCUUCUACUCCGGCAGCCAGCGUGUUGGUGCCAUGUGGACUGGUGAUAAUCUCGCGGAGUGGUCCCACCUGGCCGCUUCCAUUCCCAUGGUGCUCAACCAGGGUAUCUCCGGUUUCCCAUUCGCCGGUGCUGAUGUCGGAGGUUUCUUCGGUAACCCCAGCAAAGAGCUUUUGACUCGCUGGUACCAAGCCGGUAUCUACUACCCAUUCUUCCGUGGCCACGCUCACAUCGACACACGUCGUCGCGAACCAUAUAUUCCCGGAGCGCCCUACACCGAGUUGAUCACACAGGCUCUUCGCCUACGAUACCAGCUUCUCCCCGCCUGGUACACUGCCUUCCACGAGGCACACACCUCUGGUUCACCAAUCAUCAGGCCCAACUAUUACGUUCACCCUGAGGACGAAGCUGGUUUCGCCAUUGAUGACCAGCUCUACAUUGGUUCAACUGGUCUCUUGGCCAAGCCCGUCACCAGCGAGGGUGCCGAUAGCGUCUCCGUCUAUAUUGCGGACAACCAACCUCACUACGACUACUUCGAUUACACCAUCUAUCAAGGCGCUGGCCAUCACACCGUACCCGCACCUCUUGAGAAGAUUCCUUUGCUUAUGCAGGGCGGGCACGUCAUCCCGCGUCGCGACCGUCCCCGCCGUUCGUCCGGCCUGAUGCGAUAUGACCCCUUCACACUCGUCGUUGCCCUUGACAAAGAUGGCUCUGCAAGCGGAACCCUAUACCUCGAUGACGGCGAGACGUUCGAUUACCAGCAAGGCGCCUUCAUCCACCGCCGCUUCAGCUUUGACGGAAAACGCGCCAUCCUCACCUCUUCCAACCUAGACAAUUCUUCCCGCUCCGCGAAGCUCGACGCUUAUCUCAAGACAAUGGACAAGGUUCGUGUCGAGAAAGUGAUAAUUGUGGGAGCACCCAAGGCUUGGAAGGGCAAGGACACUGUCACCGUUAUGGAGGAGGGUGCCAAGGAAAGCGCAAGGAAAAAGUCGGUUGUAGCUGAGUUUCACGAAGGAAAAGGCAAGGCGGCGAACUGGCUAGUCGUCAGAGAUCCCAAGGUUGGAAUUAGCAAGGGCUGGAAGAUUGAUUUCUCGUAA